CCCCAAAAUAUCACUGUCGACGGAGUUCUAGAAUAUAAAAUAUUACUUUGUUUCCAUUGUUGCAUUAUUCUUUUGGAUUAAGACCCUUGCAUGUCUUUAUUCAAUGUAGCAAAAUGAAUACUACCAUUUACCAUCUGAUUCAAGCAAACUAAAGAUCAAAAGUAUUCAUUAAGAUCAUCAGCAGGAAAUGUGGCUAGUCGCAACUGUUUCUCUCUGACUAGAGUUAAACAGGAAGCAGAAGAAUUUGAAGGCAAAAGGAGCAAUGCUUCGCUGUGUCUGAGGAGCUUCUAAACUGUCAAGAUAUGGAGCUGAGUUCCUCCAGUCUCUACAGUAAACUUCUACCCUUAAUUCAACUCAUGCUUCUUCUAUCUUGCACGGCUAUUGCAGAUGAAACAGCGGAUUUUAAAAUUAUUCAGUACCCUCCAGAGGCCAAUGUUUCUGUGGGCAACAAUGUAGUGAUGAUGUGUUCCUGGGACAGCAACCAGAUUGAGAGCGUCAGAGUGAACUGGCUAAAGGACAACAUCAACAUUUUUUCAAACAAAACAGGGAAAUACCAGUAUGGAAGGACAAAGUACAUUGUUGAAAUGAACAACUCGAGCCUUACCAUUCUGAGUGUCUCGCAGAAUGACUCUGCAAUCUACCACUGCGAGGUAUUCGUGGAAAUUCCAUCAGUCAGAAGAGCAAGGGGAGAAGGGACGAUAUUAAACGUCAUUGAUAUCGCCACUGAGACGGAUUUCAUCACCUGGAUUCUGGUAGCCGUCAGUCCCAUAAUACUGAUCGUGUUCAUAGUUUUGUGCUACUGCUUCUGGAGAGAAAAAUGCUCACAGCGGAAUGACAGAUAUGUAUAUGAAAAUUCUACUGCAAAAAAGAGAGAAGCUGUUAAAGAGGAGGAUAAAAGAUCCCAACUUUACGUAAACAGCUCAGAGUUGAGACACAACUGUCAGAAAACCAAGGAUAAAUCAGAGAACAUCUACAAAAAUAUCUCAGUUGCACAAUGGAGGAAACAUCAGACAAUGAACAGAAUGCCAAAAAAAGAUCUUCCGUCAGUAAUAUAUCAGAAUAACAUCAAACACGGAAGAUAAAUAACUGAGGACAUGAUCUAAACAUGUAUUGUGAAUUAUAUAUUUUUAAGCAUUAGUUGUAGAGUUUGUAAAGCUAGUUGAUGUACCAGCCAGGCUGCAUCAAGCUGAAACAAGCCAAUAAGUAGGAUACUGGGGUUUGUAGGCAGAAGUGAGAACAGAGAAGAAAAAUAAAAUAUGGAGUCAAAAUCUGAAUUCUGAAUCAGAUUUAUUAUCACAUCAUAUAGAUGCUAAAUUUGUUGUUUUGUAUUUUAUAAAUUUGGCAGUGUUCAUGGGCUCACAUUUCAUGAUGAAGCUGCCUGAAUCUACAAUGUUCUGUAGCCUCUUGCAAACCUCCAUACAAGUGGUGAUGCAGCCUGUCAGAAUGCUUUCCAUGGUACAUCUGUAGAGAUCUGCUAGAGUCUUUGGUGACAUAAACUCGUAAUGAAGUAGAGCCACUGGCAUACCUUCUGCGUAAUUAGAUCAAUGUUUGGGUCCAGGAUAGAUCCUCAGCGUUAUUGGCACCAAAGAACUUGAAGCUGCUCACCCUUUCCACAGCUGACCCUGCAAUGAAAACUGGUGUGUCUUCUCCAGGAUUCCCUUUCCUGAAGUUCAUGAUCGAUUCCUUGGUCUUGUUGACGUUGUGUACAAAGUUGGUGUCAUGACACCAACCGGCCAAUCUAUUUCAUUCCUGUAUGCCUCCUAAUUGCCAUCUGAGAUUUUACCAACAACAGUGGUUUCAUCUGUGAAUUUACAAAUGGUGUUUGAGCUGUACUUAGCCACACAGAAAUGAAGGUCUUAUUAGAUUCAGAGCACAAGGAAAUGUUUUACAUCAUAGUGACACAACAGGCAUAAGAUGGCACUGUAGAAAGUUCUGUUAUACAAAAUUUUAAUAUACCAACAGGAAAUAAUACCUACAGAUAAGCUUCCCAGUUAAGGGGCAUCACUCUUAUCUUGGACAGACACAGACUGCAAAGUUCCUCGAAGCUUGUUUUAAAUACCAUUCAGCAUCAGGACAGUUGACAGAAGAAGGAAAACUGAGUCACUGUUGAUGAUAAAGAGGAAGACCAACAGGAAUGGUGACCGGCAAUGAGCCUGUCUGAUGUGAUAUUUCAGUUAACAUCCUCUGCACAGAAAAGAAAGCAUGGCGGCUUGAGUUCAGUUCCACUCCUUAUGGUUGAUAGAUCUGAUUUUCUUUCAUGCGAAAAUAGAACAAUACAGUAAGGAACAGGCCCUUUGGCCCACAAUGUCUUUGCUGACCAGGAAGUAAAUGAAACUAAUCAUUUGCCUGCACAUUGGUGAACAGUAUGAUAUCCUCCUUCUCCUGCCUACUCAUGAGCCUGUCUAAAUGCCUUUUAAAUGCUGCUAUUGCAUUUGCUUCCACGACUUCCCCUGGAAGCACCUUCCAGGCACCCAACACUCACUAACACAACACUCUUUACCUUAUAAGUCUUUAAACUAUCUCCCUCUCACCUUAAACUUAUGCCUUCUAGUAUGUGACAUUUCCACUCUUGAAAAGCACUCUAUCCACCCUAUCAAUUUCCUUUCACAAUUUUAGAUACCUUUGUCAGGUUGACCCUUAACCUAUGAUGUUUGACAGAAAGCAGUCUAAGUUUGUCCAAUCUCUCCACAUAGCUAAAACUCUCUAAUCCGGGCAACAUCCUGGUGAACCUCUUCUUCAACCUCUCUAAAGCCCCCACAUCCUUCCUGUAAUACUGCCACCAAAGCUACACACAAUGCUCCAAAUGUAGCCCAAACAAAGUUUUAUAUAGCUGUAAUAUGACUUCUUAACUAUCAUACUCAACACCCUGUUUAAUGAAGGUGAGUAUGCUACACAUUUUCUUUACUACCCAGUCUACUUGUGAUGUCACUUUCAGGGAGCUAUGAACUUGCAUCCUAAGUUCCCUCAGUACAUCAAUGCUCCUAAGCAUCCCACCAUUUACUGUAUACUUUUAUAUUUGAACUUCCAAAUUGCAACAACUCACGCUUGUUCAGAUUAAUCUCCAUCUGCCAUUUCUUUGCCCAUAUCUCCAACUGAUGUAUAUGCUGUAGUAUUCUUUGAAAGCCUUUUUAACUAUUCACCACUCCACCAAUUUUUUUAUAAUCUGAAAAUUUGCUAAUCAGCUCACCUACAUUUUUAUUGAAAUCCUUUAUAAAUAUCACAUACAACAAUGUUCCCAGCACUGACCCUAUGGAACUGCAGUGGCCACAGGCCUCCUGUCAGAUUAACAGCCCUCCACCCCUGUCGUCUUCCUACAAAGGCCAACCAAUUUUGAAGCCAGUCUCCGAAGUUACCAUGAGCCCCAUGAGUCAUAAUUUUCUGUAUUAGUCUACCAUGAGAGAUCUUGUCAAACCUCUUACUAAAGUUAAUGAGACAACAUCCUUCAUCAAUCACCUUCAUCAGCUCGAAUUUGUAAGAUGUGAUCUGCUCCAAAUAAAUUUAUGCUGACUUUUCCUAAUGAGCCCAAAGUUUUCCAAAUGCAAGUAAAUCCUUUCCUUAAGAAUCCUCUCCUGGACCUUCCCUGCCACUGAUAUAAAGUUCGCCAGCCUAUAUGUAAUUUGCUAGCUUCUCCUUCUAACCCUUCUUGAACUAAAGAACAAUAUUGGCUAAGGUAAUGUCUGCUGGAACCGUGUCUAUGUGCUCGAGAGGAAACAAAGAUCUAUGUCAAGGCCACAGGAAUUUCAUCUCUUGCUUCUCUCAAUACCCUGGCAUUGAUCCGAUCAGGCCCAGGGGACGUAUCCACCUUAAUGUUAUCUAAGACACCCAACACCUCAUUCUUGAUGUCAAUAUGCUCCCAAGAAUAUUAGAAUAUCCCACACUGAUCUCACUAUAACCAAUGCAAAGUACUCAUUGAUUACCUUGCCUACUUCCUUUAGCUCCAGGGAUAAAUUCCCUCCUUCAUUCUUGAGAGAUCCUAAACAGUCAUUCAUCAUCCUCUUUUUUUAGUAUAUGGAUAAAAUUCCUCAGAAUUAUCCUUAAUCCUACUGGGCAAGAAAAUUUCAUCAUCCUCCUUGUCCCUCCUGCUUUCUUUAUAUUUCUCAAGGGCCCUGUCUCAUUUCAGGUUAUUAAACCUCUCAAAUGCUUUUCUUUUUCUCUAAAUUUACAUCUCUCAUCAUCCAAAGUUCCCGAGCCUUACUAUCCCCAUUGGAACACUCCAAUCCUAAAUUUUGAUCAACUGGCUUUUGAGCAACUCCCAUAUGUCAGCUACGCUGGAAACAGCUCCUUAGUACAGUGAAGCAGAUUCUUGACCUCACUAACACCCUUUUCACCAUGUAAGGUUUCUAUGUGAAUUUAAAAUAUAUGUUUGCUUUUAUGUACAGGUUCAGAAUAUCAAAACAGAUACUGCAGUAAAUAUCCUUUUAAUGUUCAUCAAAAUGUCAAAGCAAUUUUGCUGAUGUAAACAAUGUAUGCCAAUCUUUUUAUUUGUUCAAAUAUUAAA